CCGCACCCCGCCCGCCGCACGGCAUUGAGAGGAUUGCAGUGGCAUUCUAAGGUCAUUUAAAAUCAUGACAAGCUCAGUCGGACAGAAGAAAGUCUCCUCCAGACAAAGGAAGUGUGGGUUCUGUCGGUCGAAUAAAGAUAACGAAUGUGGGCAGUUGCUGAUGUCGGAGAACCAGAAGGUGGCGGCACAUCACAAGUGUAUGUUGUUCUCGUCCGCGCUGGUGUCUUCACACACUGAUAAUGAGAGUCUUGGUGGAUUCUCUAUUGAAGAUAUUCAGAAAGAAAUAAAGAGAGGCACAAAACUGAUGUGCUCUUUAUGCCACUGUCCUGGAGCGACCAUUGGCUGUGAUGUGAAAACGUGUCACAAGACAUAUCACUACUACUGUGCUUUGCAUGAUAAAGCUCAGAUAAGAGAGAAACCUUCACAAGGCAUUUACAUGAUUUUAUGUCGAAAACACAAGAAAACUACGCAUAACUCUGAAGCAGAUUUAGAAGAAAAUAUCAAUGAACACGAAUUGGAGCCUUCACCUCCCAAAGGAAAAAGGAGGGGUCGUAAGGGAAAGCCAAGAAAAACAAAUUUAAAAGGGCAAUCAGAAGACACUAGAUCUACGUCCUCACAUGGCACAGAUGAAAUAGAAAGCAGUUCCUAUAGAGACAGGUCUCCCCACAGAAGCAGCCCCAGUGAUACAAAACCUAAAUGUGGAUUCUGUCAUGCAGGUGAAGAAGAAAAUGAAGCUAGAGGAAAGCUUCAUAUAUUUAAUGCCAAAAAGGCUGCAGCACACUAUAAGUGCAUGUUGUUCUCUUCUGGCACUGUCCAGCUAACAACAACUUCAAGGGCAGAAUUUGGUGAUUUUGAUAUCAAAACUGUACUUCAAGAAAUCAAGAGAGGAAAAAGAAUGAAGUGCACACUCUGCAGCCAGCCUGGUGCUACUAUUGGGUGUGAAAUCAAAGCCUGCAUAAAAACAUACCAUUACCACUGUGGAGUAGAAGACAAAGCUAAAUACAUUGAGAAUAUGUCACGAGGAAUUUAUAAACUCUAUUGUAAAAAUCAUAGUGGAAAUGAUGAAAGAGAUGAAGAGGAUGAAGAAAGAGAAAGCAAAAGCCGUGGCAAAUCAGGCACUGACCACAAUGACAUUCCUCAGCAGCAGCUCAAUGGAAACUAGGUUCAAGGGACAGAGUUAUAGAACUGGGAAUGGCUAAGACAUCAUAACUACUAAUUCUUUUAAAUUGUUUUCUAAAAAUCAGAAAAGGGUUAGUAACUUUUUACUACCCAACUCUGUUAGAAAUUUCAUUGAACUGCCUGAAACGUUCAUGUGUGUGAGCCUUCAGUAAGUGGCAGAGUUUUACAUGUCAAUAUUAUGUAGUUUGUAGUCUGCAGUGUCUGGAAAAAAAAUGAAACACUAUAUAAAUGAUAUGUAAUAUGUACAGUGUCAAAAGUUAAGGCAGACAUUGAAAUGAAGUAAGAUCUAUAUUUCUGGACUGAAUAAAAACUUAAAGAUUUGGAAUGUGUAAGUUGUUUAGUGGAUUCACGCAAUGAGGGAAGGUCUUAGCUAGUUUAAUUAACAGCAUGGACAAGUCCGUGGUGGCAACGAGCUGGUACUUUGUGAAUUUUGCAUUUUCUUCCUGCACAACUUCGGAGGCUGUACAUGGCAGAGCUGCUUUUGCUUGGGAAGCUCCCAGUAGGAAAGGACUCGGUGUACACGAAGCACGCUUGAACAUUUCAGGUUGUUCCUGUUGGGAUUGCUCAUCCCGCCUGGCAUUGUUUGCAGGAGGUUUACUUGAGCAGCUGUUGGUUCUGAGCUGUGAGCUUUAGAACUCAUGCCAAAGGGCUGUAGUUCAUUCUUUCCCCAAAAACCCACCUCUUUCUGUGUCCUGAUAUACAAAGAACACCUCACCAAGUGUGAUUAAAACCCAACUGUACAAAUGUUUGGACUUCGCAGCCCAAUCUCUUUUACUUCAGAGAGUUACAACUCUUAACUCACUAUGGAAUUCAGCCACCAUAUCUGACAUCCAUACCUCAGGUGUUCUCUGUUGUGUGGAACACUUCAUGUUUUGUCAAGAAUGUGCAUAAAGGUCCCAUAUUCUGUAAGAAGAAUGAGGAAACAACCUUUUUUGCUAGAUUGGUAUUUAUUUUUUAAUCAUAUGACCACUAUAUGGGAAACUUCGUGUAUCAUCCUUAUUGUUUUAGCGAUUUUUUUUUCUUCUCUCUGUCAAGUCAACAAUCACAUAAUGGAAUUCUACUUGCUGGAAUUUGAUGUUCCUUGAGGGAACAAUCAGAUCUGGGCUAUACCAAACCUAACAGAACAGUCCUCUGACUGCUUUCAAAACACCUUGUCAUUUCUAAUGAUUACUGGCUUCUUCAAUUGGUCUGUUAAAGCACAUCCUCAGACUUAUUUAAAUAAAACCAAAAAGCUGAAUCUAGUCCACAUGUUUGUCUGUUGCUACCGCAUCACCUUAUUGUUUGUUUAGGGUUUUGACUUGUUUCACUCUGAACUCCCAAAAAAAACUUCUGCAUUUGAAGGAAGGAAACAAGCAAAAGACACUGAUUUGACUAUAAACUGCUACAGUUCUUCUGUGAUUGGUAUUGCAAAACCGGUUCAUUUGUAACAUGAGUUUCUGUAGCAUUUUUUACUUGUAUUUUUAAGAUUUAACGUGUGUCAUUUGUCUUCUUAUGCAUUCCCUUAAUGUCUUGAGGGACUCAAUUACUGUAUAUUGGAGUUUCUAACAUUUUACCUGUUAGAAUUCAAACAAUUCUGUUUGCUUUCCUGGAGAAUAAUCCUGUUUGGAAAGAAAUAUUGCUGUGUACAGAAAAUAUUCAGUUACUGCUCUAAACAUGAUGCCAUUGAUCAUUUUUAUUUUGUAUUUGUAACUUUCAAAAUUAAAAGUGUGACUUGAAUUGCAAUGACAGAUCGAUUAUUGAAAUUGUCUAUCAAGGUGUUUUGUUUCUCCUAGAACAUGAACAUUUUUCAGCCACUCAGAGCAGUUUUAGAAUGCAAAAUAGCAUCCUUCAAUAUUGAAAUUACUUCAGUCUGUGCCUGGGACAUGGCCCUCCCAUGGAAAAAAGGCACUUUGUUUGCAGCUACUGUAUUUAACUAAGUUUGCAUGGGGUAGAUCUGCCAGCAUACUGACUGUAUUUGAGACUGAGCUCUAAUUCAUUGUGUCAGUGGCUUAGUAUAAUAUUCAGUCCAAUAACUCACUUGUUAUGGAUAAAUGACCCCAUUCCAUGCCUCAAAGAACCAGAACAGCACUUCACCUUCGGGUAGCAGAAAAGCAAGUGGCUGGUUUCCCUGUUACCCCUGUGUGCUGAAAUGGCCUGGUGAAACUGUCAUCAAUUCAGAAUUCAUGGAAGCAAAGUCAAAAGCAAAGACCUUUUCUUACAAGCCUCAGAUUUGUCAUAACUGACUUCAACUCAUGUAUGCUGGGUAAAAGUGCCUUACAAUGUACAAAUUGUAUUUAUAUGUUCCCAAGUAGCAUCACCUGCUGGGGAGUAAUUCUGUCGUGGUGUUAAUAUUUAGAAGAAAUGUACCUCAGCAGUGUAUUUACUGUACAUCUCUUUCGUCCUUAAUUGUAGUUUUAAAAAGCAUGACAAUGUAUCAUAGUAUACAACAUUUGCAUCAUUUUUCUAAAAAACAAAAUACUGCCAUUACUGGUUUUUUAUGUGUAUUUUAGCUUGGAAUUUCAGACAGUCUGUCUGAAUUUUUUGGGGUUUGUUUUGGUUUGCAGGUUUUGUUGGGGUUUUUUUGUUGGUUGGUUUGUUUGUUUGGUUUGUUUUGUUUUGUUUUUGUUUGUUUUUUUGGUAAAACAAUGUAAUCUUUGCAAGCAUAUACUGAAGAUUAUUCCAGAGCAUCUACUGCCUUCCCAGAAAUGUUAGAAGUAAUGAAAGUGUGCUAUAGGUGAACUAGGUAUGUUUAAAUUAGCUAGUUAAAUUAAUACAGUCAGUUCAUUACUGAGAUUUUUUUUUUACUAGGCACCUUCUGCUUUCAUCUCACAAUCAGAAUUCAACAUAAUGAAUUCAACAAAACUUGUCUUAAAAAACUGGUUUCACUUUAAUUUUUUAAUUUUUUUAUUAUUGUUACUUUUUGCCUUUGGGCAUUUCUUUUGCUCACAAGAGGAUUGUGUGCUGUUUAAGAUGCCUGGAACCCUCUGAGAAGGGAGGUUUCUCCCCAGCUCCCUGCUCCCCUCCAUUAAGAGAUCUCCCCAACUCACUGUGGUCUCACAGAUCUGUGGUUGUGCUAUUCCCAGAAAGGACUGUGCCAAGGAAGAACAGGCAUCACAAGGAUCCUGUUCAAAUCUCUUGAGGAUGCAGCUGGUGCAAUGCCAGAGUCCCAAGGUCGAACCCUGUAGCAGUGGGCUGUGUGUCCAGGGCAGGGGCAAAAGGAAGGGGAUGGUGCAGUGUCAGGGCAGCUCCCAAGCAUGAGGUGAGCAGAGGAUCUGCUCCUCCAGGAGGGGUUGAUCCACAGGAGCUUCUGUGAUAAGGCUCUAGUAGAAGUCACACCUACACUCCACAAAGUCUCAGCUUUAGGUACAAAGAGCUGUACUGAUCUACAGUGGUUUGAGUCUGCCAAAUCUGGCUCUAAAAUGUAGUGUCACAGAAAAGAGUUUGACUCUUACUCCUGCCUAUAGGAAAAAGAACUUCAUGCUAAAAUGGAGUGAAAAAUUAAGAGGUGAUAUCUGUUUGAAAUAUCAGACUUAUCUGGCAGGUGAUAAUCAGUGCAUUCCAAAAAUAUUAAUACGCUGGAUCAGAUUGACAAGAAAAUUAAUCCUCAUUAGAUUAAAUUAAUCUGAAGAGAACUGAAAGUGCAUGAUAGCAAUUAGUAACUCUUCUUCCAUGUCACCAGAGUCAGAUUCCACUAUAUUAGUGAUGAAGGUGAAAAAACAACACAGCCCUUGAUUUAUAUACUUGGUGAAGCAGUUCCUAUACAUACAUAUGUAUGCACAGCCAUUAGUCAGCAGUGACAUCUCAGCCCUUAACAAAUUCUGGAGAGCUGUUGCUUGUCAGAAAGCACUCAGGUUAGGCCAAUGUUUGCAGCUUUUGCUCUAGCAUAUAUUUACAUUAGGUGUAAAGACAGGAAUGUAUGGAAGAGGGUAAAUGCAUUCCUAUCUACAAUGUUAUGUAUAUUUUGUUCCUGUUAUAUUGGCUUUACUUCCAAAGUUGUAGUUUGCAGUAUUAGUUUCUUUUUAUUGGUAUCCUUGCAUAUAUAUAUUCAAUAAAUGAGUUACGAAUUUCA